AUGGUUAAGGUGCUGAACUUCCAACGGAGCGAUCAUGGUUCGAGUCCUGUACCUGGAUGCGAAGAAGUCGCUGGGUCCCAGUGCCCGCGCGCCCUCUCGCGGCCAUCAGUGGUCCGUCUCCACCUGCUAAUGGUGAUGCUCUGCCUCAACCCAGCCUACUCCCUGGGCUGGAGCAUGCCUUCCAGUCUUCAAGGGGAAAGCAGGGAAACCUUGAGGAAGUUGAGACAACUACAAAACGUUCCUUCUGGGUCGUGCAUCCAUGACAGAAUCAACUUCCGAUUUCCUUGGAAACCACACCAAUUCCACGAGACAGAAGCCACCUGUUUCUACCACCAGAUGUUGGACCAGAUCUUCAACCUCUUCCACACAGAGGACAGCCAUGCUCCGUGGGGUGACCUCCUCCUCUCUCAGCUACUGGCCAGCCUUCAUUACCAACAGACGGAGUUGGCGAAAGUCCAAAAUCUGACUUGUCCCGACUUGGGAAAUGUUGUCCGGAACUAUUUCCGAAGAAUCGCCUCCUACCUACAGAAAAAGAAAUACAGCCCCUGUGCCUGGGAGCGUGUCAGGAGGGAAAUUGAAGAGCGCCUGUUCCUCCUGGUCAGCGAGGCAGCAAGUGAAGAAAGUUAGGGCCGUGAUCGUCUCCGACCCGUUUCAUCGGUGUUUCCGA